AUGCGAUAAUCGUUUCUGUUAUACAACAGACUAUUCACGACGUCUCGCAUGUGCCACACACAGCAACAACGGCGCGGUUGGCGGUGAGAUUGUGCGCAAGUGCAGCCGGGACAGCUGUCGAGCACCUUCCACCUGGUGGAUGACAUUCGCAGGCCGACUAUGCCACCAUCUGCCAGGAUUCUCCAACUGGCGGCAGCCACUACUCUCGUAUUCACCUUCGCCUACUUUCUCCUGACUCCGUCCAGCGUGCACCAGCCACUGAACGUCACGCGAUGGCAGAAGACCGCGCCACUGGAGCAAGCCGCCAACCUCACCUUGGACGUCGAGAUACUGAAGCAACUGAACGUGCCGCAAAGCUUCAAAUUCCAGCGCCACUGUAUUAAUGCGAGGGAGAAAGACGGCCUGACUCGAACGUCACUCAUCGACAUCCCGCAGCCUCUCUUCAGCGAUGGCGAAUUCAAGGAGAUCUUGCUGGAUGAGAACUUCCAACCCGAUCCGCAGUACAUGGCGAUAAUGCCGCCGUGUGAUUCUGCAACUGAGAUCAACGUCCCCGAAUUUCAAUCACAUGCCGAUGGCAACACACGAUCACUUAUGCUGGGCGUUGCGACCACGAUGAAACGCAUCGAGGAGAGUCUGCCUACCUUCUCACGCUGGCUGUCGAAUACCGGAUCGCCUCUUGUUGUUCUCCUGGUCGACCAAACCGAUCUGAAGAAAGUGGAUCUGGACAUUUUGCGGACGAAUACCCAGGCCGAAGCCCUGGGCAUUGAGCUCAUAUUCGAGCCGUAUCACCACACGUUUCAGGCUGAUAGCGAGGGCCUGAAGAAUUUCGGACUCGCUACCGUGCUCGAUAAGAAUCGCCGAGAAGAAACGCAAUGGUUCGGCAUCAUUGAUGAUGACACUUUCUUCCUUUCACUGCGACGGAUGGUGGAGAACCUGGGAAGAUAUGACCAUCACUAUCCAUGGUAUAUCGGAGCAUUGACCGAAGGCCACACCCGGGUGGCAAAAGAAGGAUUCAAGGCAUGGGGUGGUGCUGGAUUUUUCAUUUCACCACCCCUGAUGCGAACUUUGGCAGACAAUGCUGUCGAGUGCACACGCCUGGAUAAAUUCUUUGGUGAUUUGCUGUGGCGAGACUGUAUUCAGGAAGUCACCUCGCCUACCGUCCAACUCACUGAGAUGCGUGGCUUGAACCAGAUCGACUUGUGGAAAGACUUAUCUGGAUGGUACGAGGCCGGCUUCAAUCCUAUCCUGACUGUUCAUCACUGGAAGAGCUGGCACUUCUAUCCUGUUGCCGUCGGCCACAUUGUUGCAGACGUUGCCGGACCAGAUGCGUUCCUGCAACGAUAUAAAUUUGGCAACCAUACCGUCUUUACGAAUGGCUUCAGCAUUGCCGAAUAUCCCUUCGGCUUGCCAGAUCUCAACCUUGUGGAGUUGACCAUGACCGAAGACGUGAAUAUCCAUCGUCCGCCGGAGCAAUUGGAGUUUCAUCACAGCUUCGGACAUACACGACCUAAGAUGGAGCUGGGACGCGAUAAGAUCCAAUGGAAGUUCGAGCACGCGGUGAAGACAUCUGCGGGAGUGGUCAGGCAAUUCUACACGAAGAGGGAGAACCAUGACAUUGAUGUCAGCAUCAUUGAGAUCGACUGGCGCCACGUAGGAUGAAACUGAGCUUUGCACUGAUUUCUGCGAAGUCCAAGCUACUCCAUCGGUGCGAGCCUGGGGCACUGUGACGAAUCGAAGCAGUAUACCAGCGCCUGUCUAGGUCAUGCCGUGUCUUUGACGCACCGCAAAUCGCACCUGGUGGCUUGAAGCCUGUGACCAGAGGCUCGGUGGACGAAACCUCGACACUGUAGUCACUUGGAUUGCAGACACAUUUCUCGCCCCUUCACUCCCCUAUGAGACGAGUGGUGUCACCAAGGACUGGGAAAGAUCG